AUGUCUGUUGCCCUUCUGUGGGUUAUUUCCCCUAGUUGUGAGGUAACAAACGGCAUUGCUUUCUUGGAACCAGUCAGGGAUGGGAACAGGAAUCUUGAUUCGUCCAGAUUUGCUUCUCGGGGUAGAAACAUUAUCUGCAACAGCAGGCUCCACAUGGGUAGGCAACAGAGGUGGUUCUCUGGCUACCUAAAUGCAGAUUUGGGAUACUCUUGCUUGGGUGGUUCUCGCGUGAUCAACCGUAGGAAAGUGUCAGUAAUUUCCAACGUGGUAGCUAGCCCAGCUGGAGAAAUGGCCAUGACUUCAGAGCAGAAGGUGUAUGAUGUGGUGUUGAAACAAGCUGCCCUGGUUAAUCGGCAGUUGAGAUCUCGCGAGAAUUGGGAGGUCAAGCCAGAUAUUGCCCUUCCAGGAAAUUUAGGCCUUCUUAGUGAAGCAUAUGACCGGUGUGGAGAAGUAUGUGCAGAAUAUGCCAAGACAUUUUACUUGGGAACUAUGCUGAUGACACCUGAGAGGCGAAGAGCUAUCUGGGCUAUCUAUGUUUGGUGCCGGAGAACAGAUGAGCUUGUAGAUGGUCCUAAUGCAUCACAUAUAACUCCAACUGCAUUGGAUAGGUGGGAAGCAAGACUGGAAGAUGUUUUUAGAGGCCGCCCUUUUGAUAUGCUCGAUGCUGCAUUAGCUGAUACUGUUUCCAAAUUUCCUGUUGACAUUCAGCCAUUUAGAGAUAUGAUUGAAGGGAUGAGAUUGGACCUUAAGAAGUCAAGAUACAAGAACUUUGAUGAGCUAUAUCUCUACUGUUACUAUGUUGCUGGUACUGUUGGAUUAAUGAGCGUUCCGGUUAUGGGCAUUGCACCUGAAUCAAAAGCACCAGUGGAGAGAGUCUAUAAUGCUGCUUUAGCAUUAGGGAUUGCUAACCAGCUGACUAACAUACUAAGGGAUGUUGGAGAAGAUGCUAGAAGAGGAAGGGUCUAUCUUCCUCAAGAUGAAUUGGCACAGGCAGGGCUUUCAGAUGAUGACAUAUUUGCUGGAAAAGUCACUGAUAAGUGGAGGCAUUUUAUGAAGAAGCAAAUCAAGAGGGCGAGGAAGUUCUUUGACGAAGCAGAGGAAGGAGUCACAGAGCUCAGCUCAGCUAGUAGAUGGCCUGUGUGGGCAUCCUUGUUGUUGUAUCGACAAAUACUGGACGAGAUUGAAGCAAAUGACUACAACAAUUUCACAAAGAGAGCUUAUGUUAGCAAACCAAAGAAGAUACUUGCAUUGCCUGUUGCAUAUGCAAAGUCUGUUGUACCUCCAAGAACAUCACCAUCUUCAAUGGUUAAGGCUUGA